AUGCUCCCUCCCGAGUAUACCCUCGAUGAUCCGCGGCUAUAUCGCGUCGAAACAGCCGACCCGCUGACAUUGCUACGCCUCUGCAAAGAGUCAAUCACCCAUUUCCUUCACCGCUACUGGCAGCUACACCCCGGCGAAUCCUUGACGUCAACUUUCAUCGCCCAUGUAUCAAGCCUGGCCAUCUCCUCCACAGCCAUCUACACCGUGCUCGCCCUCGCCCUACUUUUCACCGUGCUCCGCUACGCGCUGCAGUAUGCGGUCGGACGCUGGGUCCACCACCAUCACGUCAGCCCGCUCGUCGCGCACAAGAUAUCGGAAGCCGCCUGGAAAUUGCUGUACUACGGCGGAAUCUGGGCAUACGUCGCUGUGCUGCACGUCGAUCAUCUGAACACCUUCCGGGAUCCAUUGAUCAUGUGGGAGGGCUGGGAAUCGGGCAAAGCGCCGGGAUACGAUAUGUCGGUUGUGGUGCUGUAUGCAAUUCAGACGGGCUUCUACGUGCACUCUGUCUGGGCGACCCUCUACAUGGACCAAUGGCGGCAGGAUUCGAUCAUAAUGCUUCUGCACCAUUUUGUGGCCGUUCUCCUCCUCGCACUGUCCUAUGCGGACAACUACACCCUGGCCGGGGCGCUUGUCUUCUUGCUGCAGGACAAUUCGGACGCGCUGUUGGAGUUCGCCAAACUGUGUGUCUACCUGAAACGGCGCACUAAUGGCGACUACUACCCGCUCGUCGACAUCACCGGAAAGGUCUUUUUGCAGCUGUUCGCAAUCAUCUGGAUGAUCUUCCGGCUAUAUUGGUAUCCUUGCAAACUACUCUACGCUACGAUCUACGGCGGUGUAUAUCUUGGACCACAGGAUUCACCGGUGUUUCCGAUAAUCGGCGGGUUGUUGUUGCUGCUCUACCUGCUGAACGUUUUCUGGUUUAACUUCAUCGCCAGAAUGUGCGUGCGGGUGCUGUCGACCGGGGAAGAUCCCGAGGAUAAUCGCGAGUACGACACGACAGCGCUGAGCGGAAAGUCGGUCUCGCAACGUCUGAAGGAGAUCAAAACAAGAAAGGGCAAAAGGGAU